AUAAAACGUAGCUAUCCUUACAAUCACUAACAAACAGACACGAACUGGAUCCAUACUAGCCAAUCACAGCGCAGAAGGUGGGACCAAAUCAACCAAUCUCAGCGCAGAAGGUGGGACCAUAUCAACCAAUCCCAGCGCAGGAGGCGGGGUUUGACGGAAUACGGGUGGGGAGAAAAGCCCUAACUGCUGUGUGGAUGCCAGCAGGGCAGCCUCUCGCGCGUGCACGGCUGUCGUGCUCCGGUCACGGCGCUUCUCUGCGCCCCCAGAAAACACUGCGCGUGCCCUGAUAUCGGCGAGGAGACGAGAUGUGCAGGAAAAUGGCAGCCUACUGCACGAUUACGGUCCAUUCUUUUAAUCUUCAUCCAGUCGUGUAGGAGAGGGGAGCACGGUGGACGCCGCGGAAUCCGCCUCUCCUAUUCGCUCCUCGACCCCCGGCUUAACCUUGCUUGUCAUGUUGAGGUCUUCGUUCUUCUGCUUGGCUGGAUGUCGAUCGAAACGUCGCAUCUCGUCGAAGGAUGCCGUCAGUGCGGGAGAGCAGGAUUCACCCGCGCCGUGAAGGGAGGAUAAACCCCAGCAACGCUUCUCUGGAAACGCAUCCGUUCAUUCCUUGCGUGAUUCGCUGAAGCUUUGUUUGUGUCGUUUGGAUAUCAGUAGUCUUUAGCCUGCAGUAAUGGAGAGCACGAGGUCACAGGUGGUGAUGGACAGGAGUGCGCUGGCACGGCAGGUGGAGAGCGUGGAGAGGAGCAUCGUUUUCCUGCGGCAGGAGCAGCUGACUCUGCUGCACGGCUUACACCUGGAGAUCCUGUCUCUGCAGAAACGCUGCACAGAACUCACCCACGAGUUGAACAUGAAACCUCCUGGCAAAAGUGAAGCAGAGGUGCAAGAGGAAGAGGAGCAGCUGGAGGCACGCUGCCGGGACGUGGAGGGCAGGCUGCAGGAGCAGCAGCAAUCGCAGUGCGUGCUCAGGACAGAGCUGACCCACAAGGGGGCACUGGUGGGUGCGCUGCGGGCCAGCCUCAAGGAGAAAGAGCGCCGUUUUCUGGAGGAGCUGAAGCGCCGCAGCCACAGGAGCACAGCGCUGAACACUGAGCUGCAGAAACAGACUGAGGCCGCUGCCUACCUGUCCUUUCAGCUGCACGCAGCCAGGCAGAAGCUUCAGCAGCAGAGAAGGAAGCAAGCCGCUUUGGAGAAGCUUCCAGCUUCAAUUGCAGAAAAACCUUCAACACACAGCCAGCCACAGCAAAUCCCAAGUGUCAAACCCAAGCGCCGCAGCGGUUCUAGACCGUCCUCGCAACUCCGGGCUGAACGGGCCAGAGAGUGUGUGCCUCGAGAGAGGGUGACGGGCCCAGAGGAGCCCACAGCCAUGCCGGACCCUGCGCUCUUCCUCCGUUCACGAAGGUUAGCCUCUCGGCCGAGACCUCUACACGCGCAGGGGGCAGUCGGCGGAGAGCAGUCGGAUGAACCAGAUCAGGGAGACUCAGCAAGCAGGGUGGUUACCACGGCCACUGUAGCUACAGCAGCUGCCGCUGAGAGCAAGGCGGACUGACUCUGCCAUCCUGCUGCUUUAACACCUGCAUAAACUGCCUGCUUCUUUCAGUGCUGUUUACCUCUGUGAACUGAAAAAACCUCUCUGUUUGUAACAGUGGUAGACAUGUUUUUCUAUAUUUGCCAUGUGAUUUCAUUCCACUGGACUUGCACCUAACGUGUUAAAGGAACAGGUCAGUGAAAAAGUUAAUGCACAAUUUUCCCUUGACUCAAAUGUAAUUGUGCAGCUGAAACGUUUGGUGUCUGAAGUUUGUUUCUUUAUUUUUACGCUGGAGCUACAAACAAAAAUCUCAUAUGGACUAAUACACAUAAAAUGGGCAAAAACAAUGCCAUGCAGUAUGAAAAACCACAUAUGCAAGUCUGUUUGAGAUUUGGUAACAAUGCGGUUCAGUUUCAGUCAGGCAUUUGAUGAUUUAAGCAAAGUUUAAUGCUAAUGAUGCUUAUAGCAAACGAGCACCCAUUACUUGGCUACAUUGAAGAGAAAAUCCUCAGAUUGUUCAAGACGUCUGCAUAAGAAACUUGCAUUCAGAAUUGUUCACAAUGGUGAUGACAGGAACCAGGUGUAGUUUAAAAGUGUUUAAUGCCUCUAAAAGCUACCUCACUGUGAGCUUUUAGUUAGGAAAUGCUGCCUAAUGCCUAAUACACUGUUUUGUGAUAGUUUUGAGGGACGAUUUUCACUUAAAACUUUUUUUUAUUUCAUUAAAAGAGUAGACAUCAUCUCCCCUGGUUCUUAUCAUCUAUAUUGUAAAGAAAACCAAGUUGGCACAUCUGUCAUCAAACCACUCUGAAGGACUGAGUUGUGCAGACUUUUUGAAAAAUCUUUAGAAUUCCUCUAAACUUUUAGCUCCAGCAAAAACAUAAAGAAGCCAACUUUGAUCACCAAACAAACCUUGGCUGAUCAACAAUAUUUAGGAUGAGGGGAAAGAUGUGUAAAUUUGGGUUCUCACUGAAUUAUUCCUGUACAUAAUGGAAUGAUAAGAUUUAUGCUUUAGUUCUUGUUGCGCAAAAUAUAGUGCAUUGGUAUUAAUGGCCAGUGGACAACACUGUUGUGUGGUUCUGCCUUGCCUUAGGAAGGACAGCCAUAGGGCAGCUCAUAGUUGUCCAUAUGGUAAUGUAUCUUUGUCUUUUGGUUUUGAGACUUCCGUUUGACUUGGUUAUUUCUUACUUGCAUACUCUUGCUGUUGUGCGCAGCGGUUAGUCUUGUUUGUUGUCAUUUUUGUUCCAUAUCUCCACGCAUCAACACACUUUUAUUAACUGUGCUACACUGCAGUGCAUGCAGAUAUGAUCACUGUAAUUUCAUUCUCAACUUUUGGCCCUUUGCUCAAAAAUAAUAACCUGUUGCUUAAUCAGUACAGCGAAGAUGCGCUAGCAAAGAUCUGUGAGGUAUGCAUUUUAGAUUAGGCCAAAUAUGGAAAUAGGUAAAACUGUCAGGGCUGUUUUAUGAUGUAUGCAAUUACAGAACGUGUGAGUCUUUGCCUUUGUUCAUAGAUGUGACCGGUCAGGGCCUGACCAAUAUAACAAUUGGCAAAUAUCAUGGUUCUACAGAUUUGCCUGUAGCAUUAUGAUAAAGCACUGAUAUUUACUGGAUCAUUUUGUAUUUGUGACAUUUCCUCCUCUGAUGGGAGGAAAACCUUUAAUAAGGAUUUAAUGCCAAUAUGCUCAGAAAAGCAUAUUAUUACAUAUGGAUUGUUAUUUAUCACGAUACUGAUAGAUAUUGUCAUAUUGCCCAGUUCUACUUUAUACUGAUGUACCAGUCUUUAUAGAGGCACACAUUUGUUACAGUGAUGCAUGUACUGGUACAUUUGAACACUUUGGCAAGAGGAUAAAAUGUUACGCCUUCAAUAGAGAGAUGAAAAAUAAGAACUAAUUAACAGAAAACAGCAAAAUCAUUCAUGAUUGAGCUAGGAAGCUCUGCCCCCUGUACUGCAAUAUUUAGCCCAUUUCUGACUGUACUUUUCUUUUGUUUAAGAUGUGAUAAUAGAUAACUGAUGAUUAUACUUGACAACUUACAGUUGACAACUAUUUUUUAUAUUUAUGCAGUAAUAUUAGUCAGUAAAACAAAAAGGUUAACUAAAAUGUGUUAAUUUAGUUUAAUUGUUGCCCAGAUGGACUUAAACUUGAUAGUAUUAGCCUAUAUUAACUUCUACUGGAAUUUUCUUUUCUUAAAAUCACAAACUUUUCAUACCAGUUGGGCCCAAGAGGAGUUGGGUCAUUGUCAGAAAGUUGCCCAUAAUCAGUCAGAAGCUCAGCCCUGAUUGAUGCAAGAACAGUUUAUCAUUUUAAAUGCCAUACAUAAGCAAAGUAGGCAUGCAGCCCAAGUUACUUUGGUGAUGUAGCCUGGUUAAAAGUGAUGGCAUGAAGGCACCUCUACCCAGAGUCAGCCUCCGUCUUUUUUAAAGAAAACAGCGUUGUAUGUAAUUCAUGAGAAAAGCAGUUUUUAAACCUAAUCUCAUGACUUUAAAUUGGUUGUCGUGUCCUAAUAGCGUUCCUUUCUCAACCACUUGAUGGCUCUGUUGUGUGACUUAUACUCCUAUAAGAUGUUAUGCAGAUAUGACAUCAAAUAGGAUGUUAACAGUAUACUGCUUGUGCUAGCCUUGCAAUAUGUAGAAUGUUCCAUAAUGUCGUAGGACAGGCUAAUAAGAUUUGAAGCUUAGAUGGUGAUAGCAUGUGAAAACCUCUCCAAAAACAGUUCACAGAGGCAGCUGUCCUGGGGCAGACACCUAUUAAACCGAGUAAUAUGGAGAAUUUCCUUGCACAGUGUAAUUUAAUCUGUGGAAAAUCAGCUGUUGGUGCUGUGGACUGCUCUUUUUUCUGAAUGCACAAAAGGUGCUUGCGUUGAGCUAAAAGACCACUAAACCCCAGUCUGGUGAUUGUGGCUCUUUUCAGGGCCUGCGUUUUAGGUUUAGUAAAUGUUCCUGCACUGUAUGUCUAUAACAAAUGCUUGUAUUGGAACAGUGCAGAGAAGCCGAGUUUGUGCUUUACUGUGAGUUAUAUUAAUUACAAUACUGAUCAUUAACAUAUGUUGUUAUGAAUAAGGUUUAUUUUAUGGACGUUUUACAUUAUCAACCAAAAUGUUUUUGUUAUUUUUCCUUUGAUUUAACAAUGUAUUAGCUACUACUGUGAUUAGCCUUCCAUGGGUGGUAGUAAGAGAUAUGCAAUACUGCCUCAAGUGGCAACAUAAUCAUGCUUUUCAAUAUACUCCUUUUUCCACAUUUAUCAAAAAACAAAACUUCAGCACAGCUGUGUUGUCUUGAUCUGAUUCUUACUGAUAGUUUGAGGAUUUUCUUAAUCGAAAGUUUUUUUAAAGAAAAAAAAAACAAAAAAAAAACAAAAAAGUCCUGAGUGAGAAAUCUAGAAUCGCCUGUCUUCCCUCCUCAGAGUCAUAAAACUAUUUGACUGUUACACAAUAUGGAAAGCUUUUGUGUUAUGGCAGCAGCAGGUUAGUGCUGAUCUGUGCUUACAGCCAAAUUUUCUUCGCAGAGUCUUAAAACAAGUUAUCUGCUCAAUCUCUGAGUGACAUGAGAUGUUAAGCACCAAAAUGUUGCAAUAAUCCACUGUAUCCUCUGUGGCACAUGAUUAAAGAGUUCUUAUCCCAACAAGUCUGUGAAA